AUGGCGAUCCGACAUGCCCCUUUUGUCCCUUCUCUGAUGCCGACAGUAAUUUUGUUAUGGAACAUGUGGAAUCUUGCCACCCCGAUAAUGACAUACGAGCCAGUAAUAGAGCAAGCCAUCAGCAUGCAGACCAAACUCUCAUGAUGCAACAUCGGCAGCAAUUAUCGUUGUCGGGCUUUCAAGACGGCCAAACCGAUGGGUACAUCGAGUGCCCUUGCAACUGUGGCGAGACUGUUAUGGAAGCGGAGUUGCCGUCUCACCUUGAUCUACACGCUGCGGAAGAAACCGCCCUUGAGGUCUCGGCUCGCCCGCCAAAUGAACUGUCAGAGCCUGCUAGAACUACUCACAAGCAAUGCAUUGGCACUUCAUCGCUCCCAAAGCUUUCUCUCAGAGGAUCCGAAUCACUCACAGUGUCAAUAGCUGGACCGGAGAACUGUGUUCUUACUGAAGGCAUCAAACGACUUGGGCGGUCAGAAUUAGGGCCCCAUGCGAAUGAAAAGCAAAUGCCCGCGUGGUUGCGAAGAGUGCUUGAAAAAGGUCCCAAGUCGAUUUUGACCAACACCCUUUCUUCUAACGGUGCACUUCGAAAGGCGGAAACCUUUGAGAACGAGUUGACGGACGUGAUCUCUGUGCUUGCCCGGUUAUGUGAUCGUGAUAAAUCUGUCCAGCGUGCCUUCUUCUGUAGCUCCAUGGUGCACCAAAUCUCAAAAAUUCCUAAGGAAGGCGGCUUCUGUGGCUACAGGAAUAUCCAGAUGCUAAUCACUUAUAUCAAAAACGCUCGAUUACUGGGGUAUGAAUGCUUUUCUGGGGAACUGCCUACAAUUCUUCAGCUCCAGGAUAUGAUUGAGAAUGCAUGGGACAAGGGAUUCAACAUUGUAGGAAGAAUUGAAACUGGUGGCAUUCGGGGGACCAGAAAAUAUAUUGGCACAGCUGAGGCUCAAGCGCUAUUUUCAAGUCUCGGAAUACUCUGCGUAGCCAAUAGCAUUGGACCCACGGAGAGCAUGCGAGCCCAUGAUGCAUUGUUCAUGAACGUUGCGUCCUAUUUCCGGGAUUCACGCAACCUGGAGAGGGAAGACAAGGUCAUUUCUACAGACUUACCACCCAUCUAUUUUCAGCACCAGGGACACUCUAUGACAAUUGUUGGGUUUGAAAUUCGUGAUAAUGGAAGUGCAAACUUAUUGGUUUUCGACCCGAUGUUCAAAGCGCCCCCUGCAAUAAAGCGACUAAAAGACACUCCAGGGUUGAACCCCGACCCUGCCAGGAUUCUCAAAGGAUACAGGCGAGGGACAACAUACCUCCAAAAAUAUACCGCAUUCGAACUUCUCAAACUCCAAGUCACCUGCCAAAGUUGAAGGGUCACCAUAUACCACGGAGGUCUAUAGAGAUGGUCUCGAAUCUGAGUAGACUGUUCAAUCACAGAUUAUCAAUGGUUUAGCUAGGCACGGUCUCACUUUCUCUGAAGCGUAGCUCCGCCCGCAGAGAAUGGGGCAGCAGAGACGGUUGAAUCGCCCUAGCAGUGAUGCGUUACAACCCUGUCGGUUACUUGAAGCAUAACUACCGAAUAUCUCU